AUUUUUUUUAUUUUUUACAAAAAGCCGCAGAGGCCACUAUGGAAAGACUGUAUAGUGUGGCAUACCACCCGCUCUUACUUCAAGCACAGUUCAACAGCGGCUGUGCGUGUUGCAGCACCUCCUGGAAGAUCCCCUAUUGGCUCUUUCUCGGGGUAUGCGCUUGUUUUGACAACUCAUUUGAUUGUUGGAUAUGGUUUGAGAGGACGACACGGACUGCAGGUUAAACCGUAGAAUUCGUAACAGUUUCUGCAUUUUGCAACCUAUGCAAACCGGAUUGAUUUUGGUAGGCUAAACAUAGGAAUUUAGUUUAUAAACGCGCGUUCCUUAAAAAAAAAGGGGGGGGGGGGAUUGACUGGAUUGAAAUGACCAUGUCCGAGGAGAAGAAUUCGGGGUCUCGGGGGAAAGAGGAAGAGAGCGAGGAUGAGAGUGAAAUCUUGGAAGAAAGCCCCUGCGGUCGCUGGCAGAAGCGAAAGGAGCAGGUGAGUCAGGGGAAUGUCCCGGGCAUCGAGACUGCCUCACUGGCCAUGGACACAGAGGAGGGGGUGGAGGUGGUGUGGAACGAAGUGCAGUUCUCCGAUAAGAAGGUCUUCAAAUCUCACGAGGAUCGAAUGAGGGAGAUGUUUGAGAGCCUGAUGCAUGUCGAUCACCCCAACAUUGUCAAGUUCCAUAAGUACUGGCUGGACACCAGGGAGAGUCGGGCGAGGGUGAUCUUCAUCACAGAGUACAUGUCAUCAGGCAGUCUAAAGCAGUUCUUAAAGAAAACAAAGAAAAACCACAAGACCAUGAAUGUCAAGGCAUGGAAGCGAUGGUGCACUCAGAUUCUGUCAGCUCUGAGUUAUCUGCAUUCCUGCCACCCGCCCAUAGUCCAUGGUAACUUGACGUGUGACACCAUCUUUAUCCAGCACAACGGACUCAUCAAGAUCGGCUCGGUGUGGCAUAGGCUGUUUGUCAAUGUUUUCCCAGAGGCGAUCUACGGAAAUGUGCAGCAUCAUCGGGAUGAUGAAACGAACCAGCACUAUUUUGCUCCUGAAUACGGCUUGGCUGAGGAUGUUUGCUCUAUUGACAUCUUCGCCUUUGGCAUAUGUACCCUGGAGAUGGCAGUGUUGGAGAUCCAGGCCAACGGGGACACUGUGGUAUCCAAAGAAGCUAUAACCAACGCCGCCCAGUCUUUAGAGGACCCACUCAUAAAGGAGUUCACCCAGUCGUGUGUACGCAUGGACGCCAAGAAGAGACCCACGGCCCAUGACCUGCUGUUUCACAGGGUCCUGUUUGAGGUGCACUCUCUUAAGCUGCUGGCUGCCCACUGCUUUAUCAACUAUCAGUAUCAGCUUCAUGAUAACUGCCUUGAAGAGAAGACCAGAACUUUCGACCCCAGUGGUGUGAUGGCUGAGAUCAAGCAUGGGGACCGGCCCGGGGUGGAGAUCAAGUACUCGAAUGUUUCGCCGCUAGAACUGGACAAAUUUCUGGAGGACGUAAAGAAUGGGAUCUAUCCCUUGAUGAACUUCCAGCGGGGCCUCACCAUGCCCCGGACCUUGUCCAUCUUCCAGGAGCGCAUGGAGACAGUGAAGACUCCCAGCCCGGAGCCCCAGGAGAUGGAGACCAGAAAGGUUGUCCAAAUGCAUUGUAACUUGGAGUUCACUGAGGAAGGCACCAGAAGUCAUCUCUCUCUCCUCCUGAAGAUGGACGACAAGCUCCAACGGCAGCUGAACUGUGACGUUCUGCCUACUGACAGCUCCAAAGACCUGGCUAGUGAGCUGGUUCACUUCGCCUUCAUCAGUGAGGAGGACUGUGAGAAGCUGGCGGGCUUUCUGGAAGACGCCCUGUGUAAGCAUUGGGCCGGGCCGCCAUUGGAGGAGUCUUCCCUGGCAUAGUGAUGAUGUACCGACACAUGCUGCUGACCCAAGGGGGAUCUGGACCCUGGGAAAACUACAACAAGAAAGAGAAUUUAGGGACAGAGGGGAAGGGGGGGGGGGGCAAUUAGUGGGGGAACUUUAAGAGUGAACAUUCCAGGACUAGGAAGUGCCAGAUUUUUGUUUUUGUGAGGCUUGUAAGGGAAGAGAGCCAAGUCAGCGCUUCAAUCUGUGUGGCAAAUGUAAACAUCAAGAAACGCUGUCUCAAAACAGAAGUGAGAAGCGAUCUCUCUUUCUACUAAACAGAAGUGAGAAGCGAUCUCUCUUUCUACUAAACAGAAGUGAGAAGCGAUCUCCCUUUCUACUAAACAGAAGUGAGAAGCAAUCUCUCUUUCUACUAAACAGAAGUGAGAAGCGAUCUCUUUCUACUAAACAGAAGUGAGAAGCAAUCUCUCUUUCUACUAAACAGAAGUGAGAAGCGAUCUCUCUUUCUACUAAACAGAAGUGAGAAGCGAUCUUUCUUUCUACUAAACAGAAGUGAGAAGAGAUCUCUCUUUCUACUAAACAGAAGUGAGAAGCAAUCUCUCUUUCUACUAAACAGAAGUGAGAAGCAAUCUCUCUUUCUACUAAACAGAAGUGAGAAGCGAUCUCUCUUUCUACUAAACAGAAGUGAGAAGCGAUCUCUUUCUACUAAACAGAAGUGAGAAGCGAUCUCUCUUUCUACUAAACAGAAGUGAGAAGCGAUCUCCCUUUCUACUAAACAGAAGUGAGAAGCGAUCUCUCUUUGUACUAAACAGAAGUGAGAAGCGAUCUCUCUUUCUACUAAACAGAAGUGAGAAGCGAUCUCUCUUUCUACUAAACAGAAGUGAGAAGCGAUCUCUCUUUCUACUAAACAGAAGUGAGAAGCGAUCUUUCUUUCUACUAAACAGAAGUGAGAAGCGAUCUCUCUUUCUACUAAACAGAAGUGAGAAGCGAUCUCUCUUUCUACUAAACAGAAGUGAGAAGCGAUCUCUCUUUCUACUAAACAGAAGUGAGAAGCGAUCUCUCUUUCUACUAAACAGAAGUGAGAAGCGAUCUCUCUUUCUACUAAACAGAAGUGAGAAGCGAUCUCUCUUUCUACUAAACAGAAGUGAGAAGCGAUCUCGCUUUCUACUAAACAGAAGUGAGAAGCGAUCUCUCUUUCUACUAAACAGAAGUGAGAAGCGAUCUCUCUUUCUACUAAACAGAAGUGAGAAGCGAUCUCUCUUUCUACUAAACAGAAGUGCCAACCAACUCAAGCCAGAUAAGACUAUGCUAGGAGAGCUACUAUAUUUGGCCACUUCAAUGCCUCUGUCUCUCCGCACAGAUGAUGUCAAUGGCCUUGUUUAGAAUUAUAGCAAGAGACAGUGGACAAAGUAAGCAAUACGAGGAACAUAAAGGUCUUCAAUAUUUACUGCUGCAUUGAGGCCUUUUUGUCCAUAAUAACCUAUUGGGCUCCAUUUUACACACGCAGCACAGCCUUGGCAAUGACCCAUAAAGAAAACUAAUCUAAAACUCUCACAUGCAAGGUGAGGGUACAGACACAUUGAGAUUUUGUGUCCCAGGAUUGAGACAAUGGUUUUUCAAUGUGGAGGUCAUCCUCUGCUUGAUGAAUGAUUGUCCAACGGAAGGGAAAAAAACUGCUAAAUAUGUUAAGUCUUCUACAUAUACAAGUCAUCCGAAAAAAAGUAGGGCUGAGUUCAACUUAUGACAAGAACGGACAAUGAUGUAGGUCAUAUAGAAUUUUAUCCGUGUUCAUGCUUCUCUGUUAAGAGUUGAAUAUUUUCCUGGUAUUUUACAAAUCACUUUUCUCCCCGGUAAAAUCAUUUAUAAAGCAUAUAAAUAUGCCUAUGUCUGGAUUUGAAUAGACCGCUGAGCGAAAAUUCAAGUCUGAUGCGCCAUAUACAUUAAAGACAUUUAAUGAGCCCAAGCCACCAAAACAAACACAUGAUUGUGCGGUUAUCCAAUACAUAUAUGAUAUAGGCUACUGCAAAUUAAGCACGACAGAAAAACAUAAAAUCCCAUUGAUGUAGUUAGUUUCAUUUAUUUACCCAACAGAGCAUAUAGCUAACUCCAGUAGGCUAAUACUUCCUGAGUGUGAACUGUAUAAUAUCGACUGGAAUUACACACAUCGAUCAAACUGUGAUAAAGCGAGGAGAGAACAUGCGAUUCCGGUGCAGCACAUGCGUCUUGUAAAGUUACAAGUACAGGUUAGCGAAAUAGUUUUUAAUUUUGAAGUAUAAUGGGUCCUAUUUGUAUAAUUUUAGUCGACUGACGCAUAUAUACCUUUAAAUAAUAUUUCCCCUAAUGUUAUUAGCAUAUUAUAUUUGUUUUUGCUUCCUUCCUUCCUCUCUUUCAACUGUUAAAUGAAAUACGUUUCGUUGUCCUUUAUUCUCAUAAUUCUAAAUGACAUCCUUGAACAAUAUAGGACUCGAAUUAGAUGCAGAAGGCUUUCACUUCUCUUCACAAAUAUAGAAUGGUCAUGGGUCUGAAUAAAUAACUGCUAUAGCCGACCGACAUCGCGCGUUCGCUCUUUCAAAUUAGUUAUACUGGCUGCUGUAUUUACCAUUCAGCAAACAAGCGCUCCAGUCCCUCUUCAAAUAGUCUAUUGGUAUAAGAAAUGCUUAAAAUGUCCAAGCUAUUCUAGUCUAGCUUCUCCUGCAUGGGACUCCAACAGCUAAGGAGCGUGUUUUUAAAGAGGCCAGCGGAGCACGGGUGUGUGCGUAUUGCGCAAGAUAUAUAUAUAUAUAUAUAUAUAUAUAUAGAUAUAGAGAUAUAUAGAGAUAUAUAUAUAUAUAUUGAAUGCAAUUUGAAUGGAGUUAGAGCGAGAAGGACUGUGUGCUCGCACGUGCACAGAUUUUAAAGCAAAGCUAUUCGAGUGAUGGGCUGUUUUUAAAACUGCAGCUGCAAUAAAACAAUUAUCUUUACAAUUUAAAAAAUACAAGUGAUCCCUAAAGCCAGAUGUAAAGACAUUCAGUCUUUAUAUUACUGUAGCAUAGACUAUGCUGCAGAAAAUGCAGGCCUACCAUCACAAUAUAUUUUGUGUUUACCAUGAUGACAUGCUAGGUCUACAUACAUUGUGAACUGCGGUCCAUACUGAUGUUCCCUGAGCGUUGAUUCAUCAUCCAGAUGCCGUAGAGAAGCCAGAUUUUAGACAUUGGGUAUAAUUUAAGUUCCAUUCACGCCAUGCUGUUCAUAGAAAUCAUUUAUUAUAAUUUUCCGGUUUCUCGCAGUUAUUUAUCCCGGGAAAAGGGUGUGGUUUUGGGCAGUGAAUCUCAGUAACCGGGUUCCCGCCAUUCAACCCUAGUCUCCGUGUGGCCAUUCCCCUUAUGCAAAUCGUAACUUUUCGUUUGCGAUGUCUGUGAGAAAGCACAGAUUAUUGAAACAUCAUUGAAGCACAUAACACUAAAAUGUGAAGCGCGUAAUUCAAUCUCGAUGAUUAUUUUCCAAACGUUACCGAGGCUACGCUGCGUAUGUCACCCUGGUAUGUUUCAAUGUUAUAAGGCAACAAACAAGAUGCACAAAUUUAGAAUGCAUGUUGUAUUGCUUAGUUACUUUCCAAUCAUGACCACUUCACCGCAAGCGUUAUUAGUCUUUCAUAGGUCACACUCUGACCAUCACCGUUUCUGAGGAGACCGUGUCUGUGUUCCCAGCAGACAAAAUUGACAUGGAACAAGGAUGGUUUUUAAGGUUGUUUUUGUUAAGGUUGUUUUUGUUAAGGUUUUUGCAAACUAAAUCAUGUGUUUAUCUGGUUGUAACAUAGCUUCUGACCAAAUCACAACCAAAAUAUACGGUCUUUUCCAUGACUUCUUUACCUUGUCAUGAAAACAUUUCUCGAUUUCUCUUGCAUUACCUGGUUGUAAAAGAGACCCGUUGGUUGUAAUCUGGUUAUAGGACAUCUUCUCAACCAGAAAACUAGUUAACAACCAGAAAAUGUUAUAGACCAUGAGCAAAAUGUCCACUGGGUUGAUACCAUAAAUCAAAACACUACUUCUGUGUUUGUGUCCGACCUAACACCUUUGCUCAAUUGCAGGGAAAGUCUGGGUUAACGGCAGAUCUUCCAUACUAAAUGUCAGACAUGGAACCUGUGAAAGUAACUCAAAUUUUAAACUGGAGACAAUAGAAUAAUUUGCCAGCAAUCCCUUACACAGUAUGCUGCGUUUCUCUUUCUAAGAAUGAAAACCCUAUCAAGCUGAGAGGAAGACUUACCUCAUAAUUUGAAUUCAUACAUUUUUCUGCCUCAUUGAUAUGAUCAUCGUUCCUUUCCGAUCUUAAUAUUUAGCUCUGUCCUUAAUGUCUUUCAGUGGAAAGUCAUAGACCUACAAGAGCUUCUGAAUUAAAUUCAUUGUUGAGAAAAUGUACCUUUUUUAUUUUAUAUUUUUAUUGUUUACUAUGAAUUGUAAUUUUUCUUAAAUCAUAACUUGCAAUAUGCCUUUUCCAUGUUGCUGUGUGUUUUUAGUCUGUAUGAACAAAUGUUACAUGUAUCCACAUUGGAAUAUUCAUUUUUUUGGGGGGGUGUUUUUGCAUUUGUUGUAAGGUCAAUCUUUUUAACUUGGUUUGAUAGGCUACACUAUGGAAAUUUAGUUGCUAAUUAUUUACCUCAGAUUUUUAGCUUGUUGACUUGUAUGGUUCAUUAUACAUGCAUGACAUACUAUUAAUCGAUUUGAACUGCAAUCAAGCCCAAGUGCCUCACUAUACACUAGUGCAGCGUUUUCCCAAACUUUGUCCUUGGGACCCCAAAGGGUGCAUGUUUUGGUUUUGCCCCCAACACUACACAGCUGACUCAAAUAAUCAAAGUUUGAUGAUUAGUUGAAUCAGCUGUGUAAUGCUAGGGGCCAAAAAAAAACUAAGCGCAACAACCCUUGGUGUCCCGAGGACCGAGUUUAGGGAAACCCAGAACUAGUGUUACACAAACCAACUUUUUAAUGCAAUUUUAGUUGCCAUUGAGCUCCCUUACUGGGCCGUAUGGAACAUGCAUGAGCCUCAAUUUCCAUUGUGUAAGCCAGCAUUCAUUUAGUACACUUCAUACCAUGAAUUUGUAAAACAUUGUGGGUUCUGUUCCGCUUGAAAUAUUAUCAGAUACGGCUUAUGUUGUAAUAUCUACUUGAUUAUAUUACCGUCCAGUUGAUCAAAACCAAUGUGCUGGCAUGUUGUAUGAUGAAUGUUAAACUCAUUUGAUCAGUAAUCUUUGUUACUCCGUUGCCCAUAACUGGUCGGUACUGUGCCUCCGUAGACCUAUUUUUGGGGGUCAAGCAUGUCCUGUCCACACUGUAUACAGGAGUGGAUGUCUUGAGUUGAAUUGUACUUGAGCACGCUGCAAUCGAGUCACUCUAACCCUGUUUAUACCUGGUGCUAACAUGCAGCCUUUUUCCUGCUCUUAUCCCCACAUUCUGAUUCUGCCCAAAUUUUUUUUUUGACAAGUGCAGAUUAAAAAAUAUAUAUAUAUAAUUUUAAAAAAAUGCAUUGUGAUCUGAUAGGUGUAAACAGACAAGAUCAGGACGAAGGACACAUGUUAACAGACAAGAUCAGGACACAUGUUAAUGGCACGUGUAAACAGGUUCAAAUAAGGUUCUCCUCAUUUCAGCACCACCGUUGGAUUUAUGUCUACAUUCCAUAUUGUAGACUGAUCAUUUUCUUGGUGAAAUUUGGAGGGGUGAGGCUGUAUCAUCGAUAAUUGAAAAAUAACUAAAAACAAAUGAAAGGCCUAACACAUCCUCUUCCUUUGUCUGUUUAGCUAAAUUACAGCUCUCCUUGUAUUGAGUUGCUUCUGCCUUGUUCUGUUUGUACAACUCAUGUAAAAUAUUGUACAAUAAAAAAAGUAUUGAGUAUA